GGGAAGUUCAUUUUAUUUUCAGCGUAGGGGGAAAAGUUGCUGGAAAUUAAAUGAAAAUGAGUGAAUAAAGUUCAGCCCUCCGAUGAACGUAUUCGUUUUUGAUGGAUGGACGUCUCAUAUACAGUCUUUUCACCCAUAACAUCACCUGGACCUGGUUCCUUCCAAUCCAACCAGCCUAAUGUCUCAGCCCCAGUUGCUGAUCCUGCCUGAUAAUAAUGCAGAGCUCCCACUGGAUGUCCAGGAGUUGCAGUUCUGGUUGGAGAAAGUGGUGGCUUGGGGCCAGGCUGACAGCCCAGACACUCAGAAAGACACCUGUCAGCACGUGAGCCGACUGAGGGAGUUCCUCCAGCAACUCCUCACACACAUCGGCAACAUGAGCUCCACAACAGAGGCCAUGAGGAGGAUGCCUUUUCUCGGCCAGUUUUUGGGUCGCCUUUGUUGGAAUCAUUAUGUCACAUGUGAUGCUACAAGCAGAAGUUUGUUGUUGCAGUGUUUGUGGGGACUGUACUCUGAGCGACCAAGCAAUGCUGUAGAGCGAAAAUGCAACCACUGGAUUCGGAAAGUGUUGUGUCAACUUGCUACAGAAGAAGACAAUGCUACAGGACAGGGAAUAGUAAAAUAUCUGGGUGUCCCACUGAAGGUGUACCAUCUACAAGUCCUGAAAAAAAUGGUGUCGCUACUCCUGGAAAAUGUCAACAAAAGCUGUAGUUCUUUUUGCAAUCCAAAUAAGAGGUGUUUUUGUGAAAGUGUUUUGGCUACAUCAGAGAGAUGCAUCCCCCUGGUUACUUGUUUGGAGGCUGCCCCUCUCAUUAGUGCAUUGCUGCAGCAGCCAUUGACCUGCGUCAAAGCAACUCUUAGCAGUACCUUUCUGGAUGCUGUAAGCUGUGCCUACUCCAGGCAGUGCUUGUUACUGGACGAGCAGGCAGUAAUUGCUUUGUGGCGUCAAAGCUUGUCCAGCCUAGAAUCUGCAGUUCUCACUCUGUUGGAGUCUGUCCUUGCAAAUGUAGAAUCAACACCACAAAAGAUAGAGCAGCAAAUCGCACAGUCACUGCUGCCCAAAGCCUGUGCUCAGCACUGCUCCAUCUUCUUGGUUGUAAAUGACAUCUUUAGGUCUGUCCUUAAGCAGACAGAAAGGAGUCAUCUUGUUAGAUUUGCUAUCCAAAGUUUCACCAGCUGUUUCCUCAGGGAGCUGGCAUUGCUGCAACCUCAGAAGUGUACAUCUCUGAAGGUCUUCUUUCCACAGUCACCUCAGCAUCUACUGAUUCCUCUGUUGACCCAAACCUCAGAGAUGCUUCCAGCGGCUUGGAGACAUCACCUGAAGUGGCUCAGCAGCUCGUUGCAGAGACUGACAGAACAUGAAGAGGAGAUGGAAGAAAAGAGAAGCAGCAGUGGGCAGUGCACGGUGUUUGAGGCCUGGUUUCUGCUGGUGCAGUGUGCACACUGGGUACAUCUGGCUGCACAGCUGUUGGUGACAUCUGACACUGAGGACUGUGGCCCUCUGCUGUGGCUGCUGACCUUCUACUAUCACCCAACCAACAGUGGGCACCAGAGGGCACAACAACUGGUACGUGCCAGUGAAGUGUGGCACCGCUUCUACUCUCUGGUCGUGGCCUCAGCUCAUCCUUUUCCUGUCGACCGCCUGCAGGUGCUCACGGCUCUGCCAUCACCACAGCAGCCCUCACUGGAUCCACCACUGAAUCUCAUCCUCCUCAUCAACUUCGCUGUUUUCUCUCACCUGCCGCUGAGCGGGCUGACAGAGAUUUUACACACGGUGGUGCAUCGGUGUGGUGCGGUUGGUGCUGCAGCAUUUGUUCUCGGCUCACUGGAUCUCAGACUAAACAGAGGAAGUGACACGAACGCUGCUCGACUCCAGAUCAAGGCUCUACAAAACACGCUAACUCACACAGACGCGGAAUGAGGCCUGCUGAGAACCACGCGUACGUGCACUCCAACGCAUGUCCGUGAGUGAACGCAAACACUCAGCAGUGAGUUGAUUCUUUGUUUGGGGAUUUGCAGUGCAACGACAUGAGCGUGUUAAAUCAGCACUGUGACGAAAGAUUGAGGAGAGGCGACAAUUAUACAUAAACACAAGGACACUUCAGCAGUGAUGGAUCACACUGUAGAGACGCAUCAUUUCUUGCAAUGUCUUCCCACUCAUGAUUGUCUCACAAUAUAAAUUCUUCACGGUACACUUCCUCUCUGAGAGACGUGUAGCUUUGCAUGAAAGAAAAACCAAAAUACUGCUUCAGUCUGUAAUUGCUGUUUGUGCUAAAACACUGAAUGGUUUAGUAUAUUUUCAAUAUUGAAAUGUGUUGUCACUGUUCUGUAUGAUUAUUUAUAAAAGUUAAGAGUUAAGAGUUAAGAGUCUGUUUCAGUGUGUUUUAAUAUCUCCCAGUUUAAAAUUACCACUUCAGUUUAAACUUAGCUCGCUCCUUCUUCUUCAUGACUUUGCUAAGGCGCAAAACUUCACAUUUUGCAAUGUUUAAAAGACCUUUAAAUUGGUUCAGCCCAAUUUUAUUGAUCCGCCGCCACUCUGAGUUUCUAUAAAUAAAUUCACUAGUUUAAAACAAAUGAUCACAAUCUUAAAAUCAUACUUACAUACAAUCCAGAUUCAGUAUUUUCAGAGAACAUUGUAUAAAUGGGUUCUGGUAAUGUGACAUCACACUCUAUUUAGUUGAUUUAAAGAUUUU